AUGACUGCCGAAGAGAUGGCAGCCAAGGCGGGUGAGUCUAGGUCUGGAGUCGUGAUUGGAGUAUCGACCUUUUUGAUGGCUCUGUCAGCUGUCAUGGUUGGGCUACGACUCUGGUGUCGGCGGGAGAGACAGAUGUUAGGGCUUGAUGAUGUGACUACCGUGGUGGCUCUGGCCUGUAUCUUAGGAUGUGGAUCGUCAAUCGUCGCCAUGACGAAUUAUGGACUGGGCCGACAUAUCUAUACAUUAUCCCCUCAACAAAUAACCCUAUACCUCCGAUGCUUCUGGAUAUCAAUCGUAUUCUACACCUACGCGCUCUUUGCCAUCAAGUUGACGUUCCUAAUUCACUAUUACCGAAUCAUGUCCGUCUCCAACAUGAGAUGGCUAUACUUGGGUGCACUUGGUUUCAUCAUCCUCUGGGGUGCCUACCAAGGCAUUGGCGUAUUCUUCUUUUGCAUCCCAAUUCAAUCUUUUUGGGAUUCAGGUGUGAAGGGACGCUGCCUCCUUGCUCAGCCUACUAUGUGGCUCAUCAGUGGUAUCGUGCACAUCGUCACUGAUUUCGCAAUCAUCGUCAUGCCUCUGCCCAUUGUUUGGAAGCUCCAGCUUCCACGAUCCCAGAAGAUUUACCUCACUGGUAUUUUCGGGCUAGGGACACUUACUCUUGCGAUCGCUAUUCUCCGUGUGCAGUGGCUUGACCCCGUUGCAGAUAUUACAUGGUGGAACGUUACAGCAGCUUUAUGGUCCAUGGCAGAGAUCGUUUCUGGAAUAACUUGUGCUUGCCUUCCGACUUUUAAACCCUUGCUGGCUGGUAUAAAGAACUGGCUCCCUCGAUCGAAUGAGGGAGACAGCACCAUCUGUCUUCAGGACCAAGGAAUUGACGGACUUACUGGACCAACCUUGGCUGCAUUCGAGGGUCAUGGAGGUGUCGGUACUGGACCGAAAGUACCCAGCAGGAUCUCAAUGUACGGAACCCAGACGAGUAUAUCAGCAUUCCAGGGCGGAAAUAAAUCCAAGAAAAAGCCCACACGGACAGUAUAG